AUGAAAUAUGGUACUAGUGCUAAACUAGUUAACAAAAGGUUUGCCUCCCUUUUUGCAAGGUACGGAUUGCCAGAUGUGAUCGUUACUGAUGGAGGUCCUCCAUUCAACUCCAGCGAAUUUGUAAAUUUUCUGGAGCAUCAAGGAAUCAAAGUGCUUAAGAGUCCACCUUACAAUCCGGCUAGCAACGGACAAGCGGAGCGAUUGAUUUCGGUUGGUAACCACGUCACUACGGCACACAAGAAUCAGUUGAAGAUGAUAUACGUUCCCAAACAACGAUCGAAAGUAUACGUCACAAUGAGAGAGGCUGCCAAGAAACGCAAGCGAGGAUCUAUCGAGGACGAAGAUGAAUUCACGGGCUUUCCUGAUAUACCGUCGGUCGCUGAAGAUGCGGGGCAUACUAAUAAAAAGUUUGCCCAAACAAGGAGUCCGAUCAUUACUCGAUCUAAAGCAGCCUUGUCUACGAAUUAUAGUGCAUCUGAUUCCUAAAUUUUGUAAAUGGCGUGAAGAAAGAAAUUUUCUAUGAAUUUGGCAUUGUUAUGCUAUCAGAUAAGUUAUUUCAUUUAGUUAUUAUAGAAUUUAUUUGAAAUUGAUGAAUGUUUGCAAUACACUGCUAUCAGAAUGUUUA